UAAUGUGCACAUCAUCUUAUCAAAAAUCUGUAUGUUUUAUGAUGAAAUCACAACCAUUUAAAGUUUGCAUAUUCACUUUUUUAAUAAGAAAAAGCAUGUGGUUGUCUUUUCAUCGACUAGGGCUUAUGUAAACUUGAUCAGAUAAAUUAUCCAACAACUUCUUGAAUUUUUUCAGCCAAAAAAAUGGAACCAUCAGACCCCCCCUUUCUGACAUUCUACAAGAAACUAUUUGAUAACAUACCAUCUACAAAAGGUAAUGAUAUUGAAGCACUUCAUGAAGCCAAUGAGUGUGAUGAUCAGUUUGAACAUGAGCUCCCAUUGAUCGAUCUAAGCUGCUUGAACCAAGAUGGCUUCAGGAGCGAAGAGUGCAAAAGAGAAAUAGCAGAAGCUGCACAACAAUGGGGGUUUUUUCAAGUUGUUAAUCAUGGGGUAUCCUCAGAGAUUUUGGAGAAUAUGAGGUGUGAACAAGUGAAAGCAUUCAAAAAACCCUUUCAGGAGAAAGUCAACGGCAUCCGUGAGUUUGAUUUUCUGGCGGGUAAUUACAGAUGGGGGACACCGUCAGCAACUUGCCUUCGACAACUUGCUUGGUCUGAAGCUUUUCAUGUGCCGUUGACUCACAUUUCAACCAUGGGUGGUGACACCAGUUUUAGCACCACGAUGAAACAAUAUACAAAGAUUGUUUCCAACCUAGCAGAGAAAUUAGCAGAGAUAUUGGCCGAAAAGCUUGGACAAAAGCCAGGGUUUUUCAAAGAGAACUGUGUACCUAGUACAUGCUACAUCCGCAUGAGCCGAUACCCAUUCUGCCCGAUUUCUCCACAGGUUUUCGGAUUAGUGCCGCAUACUGAUAGCGAUUUCCUCACCAUACUGCAUCAAGAUCAUGUAGGCGGAUUAGAGUUACUGAGAAAUGGAAAAUGGAUUGCUGUCAAUCCUAAACAAGGAACCCUACUUGUUAUGAUUGGGGAUCUUUUUCAGGCAUGGAGUAAUGACGUAUAUAAGAGCGUGGAGCACCGAGUGGUAGCUAAUAAGCACUUUGAGAGACACUCAGUUGCUUAUUUCUUGUGUCCAUCUUAUGAAACAGUGAUAGAAAGUUGUGGCGGGAGUUCAACUUAUAGAAGAUUCAGUUUUGGAGAGUUUAGAGAACAAGUUCAAGACGAUGUCAAAAGAUUUGGUCAUAAAGUAGGCCUACCUAGGUUUGUUCUAUAAACCAAAUAUAUCCAUAAGUUUUGUCAUUUUCAUUUAUAUUGAUACUUUGCGAGAAAGUUAUAGAUGCAAUUAUACAUAACGUUUAUGUGAUGUAAAGGAAUAUGUGACCUACUAUAUAAAAUAGAAAAAUGAAAGAUAGAAGAUUAUGUACUGAUGUAUAAACAAGUGGAAUAUAUUAAACCAAUUGGUUGUGUGUUA